AUGGCAUCAGAAAAGUAUCAUCGAUUAGAAAAACUUGGGGAAGGCACUUAUGCAACAGUAUACAAGGGUAAAAAUAAAGUGACGGGUGAGAUCGUUGCUCUGAAAGAGAUCCAUCUCGAUUCGGAAGAAGGUGCACCAUCCACUGCUAUACGCGAAAUAUCGUUAAUGAAAGAAUUGAAACAUAAUCAUAUUGUUCGUCUUCAGGACGUGAUUCACACCGAGAAUAAACUUAUGCUGGUGUUUGAAUAUAUGGAUCAAGAUUUAAAGAAAUAUAUGGACACACAUGGAAAUCACGGGGCUUUGGAUCCAUACACGAUAAAAAGCUUCAUGUAUCAAAUGCUACAAGGAAUCGCUUUCUGUCACGAAAAUCGAGUUCUUCAUCGUGAUCUAAAACCUCAAAAUCUUCUCAUUAAUAAAAAUGGGAAUCUUAAACUUGCCGAUUUCGGACUUGCUCGUGCUUUUGGUAUCCCAGUUUCCACAUUCUCGAAUGAGGUGGUUACCCUCUGGUAUCGUUCUCCUGACGUACUUCUUGGAUCUAGAUCAUAUUCAACUUCAAUUGAUAUAUGGUCGGCUGGUUGUAUUAUGGCAGAAAUGUACACUGGACGUCCGUUAUUCCCCGGGACCACCAACGACGAUCAAUUAAUUAAAAUAUUUCGUAUAAUGGGCACGCCAAAUGAAUCAACAUGGCCAGGUGUGAUACAAUAUCAAGAUUUUCAUAAACCAUAUCCAGCUUAUAACCCUCAGGAUAUGGCCACCCACUUACCUAUGAUAGAGUCUUCGGGAAUGGAUUUAUUGAGUAAGAUGUUGCACAAUCACAAUAUUAUGCAACAUAAUCCCAAUGGUCUGCAAAAUGGAUUACCAAAUGGUCUAUCUAAUGGAUAUGCCAAUGGAUUAGCAAAUGGCCUACAACAACAUAAUCUUAACACAGUUCAGCAAAAUCAUAAUCCAAUGCAACAUAACGGUAUAAUGAACGGGACAAUCAGAGUAGUUCAACCCGUGACGGUUAUUCCUAAUGUUCAAAUAACUACCCAAAUGACUGCUAUGCCAACUGCAGUUAAUGUUCAAAUGGCUGCAAUGCCAUCUGCAGUUCCAGUACAGAUGGCUCCAAUGGCACCCGUAAUGCCAAUAAUUAGCAUGACCAAUCAAAUCUCACUUCCACCUGCACCUGGAGCACCUCAUGUAACUCGAUUCCCUAAUAAUCGGGGACAAUUUAGGACACCUGAUAGUUAUGCAAUGGAAUAA